GCUGGAUGUAGGUUUUUCCUGCAUCAAGUGUUUCGUUAUCUGUCCGAUUAAUAUGCCUUCCCAGAAUGAAGAAAGGAGUGAUACAGCUGCUAGGUGCCUCACACCUUCUGCAGAUAAUCACUCAGGAACCGGUCCUCGAAAUAUGGACUGGGGGACGUUGAACGAUCAAGCAAACAACCUCAUGAGCAACUACAAACAGACACAUCGGGGUGAAGACAUAGAAGAGGCUAUCCGAAUCCUUUCAGCGUGGUACAGUGGCUUGCCCUCUGGCAGUCAAAAUCACGCUGCUUGCGCCAACAGCCUCGGUUUCGCGUUCUAUAUGCGUCUCCAGCAUUCGAAUAGUAUUGCCGACCUCGAGCAAGCUGUACAUUACUGGAGUAUAGUUCUAGAAUCAUCGACUCCUGGAUCACCACAUUACGUCCCUUUGGUGGUUAACUUGGGAGGGGUGCUUCGUAGGAGAUUCGAGUAUCAUGGAAAAUUCGAGGACAUCGAACAGGCCAUUAUGAUGUACAGCGCCGCUACCUCCAGCUGUCCUCCAGAUAGCCCAUAUCGUCACAACCUCCUCAACAAUUAUGCUCUCGCAGUUUUUAGUCGGUUUGAGCAGACCGGAGACCCACAAGACCUGGAUCUCUCGAUCCAAACCCACCAAGAAUGUCUGUCGCUGCGACCACCUGGCCACUUAAGCCAUUGUUCGACUCUGUCGAACCUUGCCAUUGCAAUCUGUGCUCGCUAUCGUCAUAGAGGAAACAUGGAUGAUUUCACCAGUGCAAUGGCCUACCACAGCAGAGCGUUGGAGCUUUCUUCGCCCGAAAGUCCAUCGUACCCAACAAUUCUCAUGAAUAUGGGACUCCUAUUGCGUUAUUCAUUCCAGUGCAACGGGGACUUGCAGAACUUGAAUACAGCAAUAAAUCUUUAUCGCGUUGCACUGACAGCUUGUCCUGAUAAUCAUCCGAUACGAUUUUCCCUCCUCGCCAACUACGCGGGUGAUCUCAAUGUCAGAUUUACGCAGAAUGGAGAUAUCAAUGACCUCGAAUAUUCAAUCGAGCUCUAUACCAACUCCUUAGCUAAUCAGUCCUCCACACAUGCACAUCGCUUCUCCUCCCUCCAUGGUCUCGCGAUUGCUCUAAUGAGUCGCUUCAAGGUUUAUGGCGUUCCUGAGGAUCUUGAUCUCGCUAUAACACACAUAACAUCUUCCAUGGCUUUGUGCGGACCCUCGCACCCAGAACAUAUGCCUGUACUUAUGGUCUGGAUCAAUUGCCUCAUUAUGCGCUAUAAAACGCGUGGGGAUAUCGCUGAUCUUGAUGAUGCUGUCGAGCACUCUGAGGCAGCCAUAUGUGUCUGCCCGAGGGAGAGUGCUGACUACUUUCUCCUGUUGACUCAUGUUAACAAUGCCCUAUCUACACGGUUUUCUCGGCGACAGGACGUUCGAGAUCUGAAGAAGAUAAUUGACUACUGCGACUUAGCGCUCAGAGAUGUCCCAGAUCGCCACAUCUCCAAUCAGGUCCUUGCUAUGGAUCGUGCAGAUGCUCUCCUACAGCAAUAUUUCCAUGAAGGGGGCAUGAACAUCCUAGAGCACGUCAUUUCAUUUUAUCGGGACAUAAUGCAAGAUUUAUCUCGAGGUCAUCAAGCCUUUCCCCGUGUCCUCAUUCAACUAGCAUCUGCACUCAAAGCUCGCUUUGAGCAGGGAGGGAACGCAGACGAUCUUAAUUGCGCAGUCAAUCACUAUCGCACGGCAUGCGAGGUGUGCCCUCCUGGUCAGGAUGACCACUAUGCUGCCUCCUCGGGUCUCGGAAAUACUCUCUUGCUGCGAUAUCAAAUCUUCGGUCCCCUAGAUGACCUCGAUGAAUGCUUAGUUCACCUAGCUCACAUUGUCGAAACCCAUGCUUUGGCUACCUACCAUCCAGACUAUCCCAAAGGUCUUGCCAAUUAUGCAUAUGCCAUCUUCGCCCGCUUUCAAAACCAACAUGAUAUCACUGAUCUGGACAUCGCUGUGAAUUAUCUGCAGGCGGCUCGGGAUCAUCCCAACCAAUCAGAGGGACGACACAUUUUGACUUUCCUUGCCACUGUACUUUCUGCUCGUUACAAUGAACACGAAGACAUCAAUGAUUUGCAAGAAAGUAUCAAGGCGUUUGAGACAGCGCUUCCCAUGUUUGCCUCCAAUCACCCCCAGGCCCUUCACGUCCGCCGAAACCUUGCUCGCUCUUUGCAGAAGAUGUAUGCAAAACGACAGACGAUCGAAGAUUUGAAUGCUGCGAUUGCCCAUUUUGAGGCAUGUUUGACGAUUUCGCCAGAAGGUCACCCUGACCUGCCGCUUGCGCUGAUUUCCCUGGCAUGGUGUAGGCAUAAGCGGGCAAAAGCGGGCAAAGAUGAUGACGGCUUUCAGGAUGCUCUCUCACUUCUUUCCCAGGCCAGUGAGAAGCUGCCCGAAGCGCACCCAUGGUUUUUCCUCGUUUACCAGCUGUAUACGACCAUUUUCGAAGAUUACUACAGCCUAACCAAGGACGCUUCAUUUCUGGAGAAGACAUUUCAGUAUCACCAGCUGGCCUCUAGCGCACCUGGAAUCCACACAUGGGAUCAACUUACUGCGGCUUUGCGUUGGAGAACGGACGCCAAUGAAUUUCACCAUACGUCGGCUCUGGAAGCAUACAAAACUUCUAUAAAGUUGCUUGAUCGCCAUAUUAUGGCUACUCCUACGGUUUCUGGUCGUUAUAAAGCUUUGCUCGGAGGCAUAUUGCGUGACACGCCCUCACUCGCUGCAGAUGCUACCGCCUGCGCGAUCAGCGCAGGCGAUCUCGAGUUAGCAGUCGAACUCUCAGAACAAGGCAGAGGCCUUCUUUGGUCCCAGAUGUCUCGCUUUCGAGCAACCAUUAAUGAUUUGCGAGUCGUUGAUGACGAGGGGCGUCGACUUGCAGAUGAAUUCGUGUUGCUCAGUGCUGAGCUUGGGAGAAGGCAGUCUGACUCCCUAGCUAUCGCUGGCAGGACUGUCACUGAAACACUCAUACGAACACAGCAGGAGGAAGAGGCACGUCAGUAUCGUCGGACCUCUUCGCAAUGGGACGCUGUAGUGAGCAAAAUACGGCAAAAACAAGGAUUUGCGUAUUUUUUGACCCCGAUGCCCUUCAAAGAGUUAAGGGCAGCUGCGGUUGCCGGCCCCAUCGUCAUCAUCAAUGCAAGCAUAAAGCGAUGCGAUGCGAUCAUCAUCACCAAAGACGGGCCUCCUCGACUCAUUUCACUCCCUGAUGCUUCGCUAGGGGGCAUUGCUACCCUGUCUGGUGACUUCCGCAAUGUCCUGCGGAAUACUGCAGGAGUUGGAGAAGAGAAAACGAGAGAAAAGCAACUUAUACCUGUCUUUCGCAGGCUUUGGGAUGCUGUGUUAGCUCCUGUUGUUGAGGCACUUUUGACCAUCGUGCCGAAGGGGUCUCGUGUUUGGUGGUGCCCAACUUCGAAACUCACUUCGCUGCCCAUUCAUGCUGCCGGACCAUACCGCAAGGGAGCCAGCAACAUGCCUAACAUUUACGUUUCGUCAUACACACCAACUCUUUCUGCUUUGAUACGCUCAAGGCGGCAGAACGCAUCUAAGGUAGCGUCGAGUACUCCGUCCUUCGUUUCCAUAGGUCAAUCAAAACCAAAUUCCGGGAGUGGAGAAAAGGAGUUGAAGGCGGUAGGAGCAGAGCUGGAGCUUGUCAAAUCCCUUGUACCAGCAUCAAUGACAUCCUCAGAGGUCUCUGGGGAUGAAGGAACCGUCAGCGGGGCAAUCCAAGCCUUGAAAACUAAUUCAUGGGUCCACCUCGCGUGCCACGGCAAGCAAGAUUUUCUUCAGCCGUUCGAUUCGUCCUUUGCUCUCCGCGACAAGCCAUUGCGGCUUUCAGACAUCAUACAAGCCGAACCAGAAAACCCGGAGUUUGCUUUCCUGUCUGCUUGUCAUACCGCGGUUGGAGACAAGAACGCACCUGAUGAAGUCAUCCAUCUCGCUGCAGGAAUGCAAUUUUCUGGUUUCAGAGGUGUCAUCGGUACAAUGUGGGCGGUGGAUGACAAUACUGCUCGCCACAUGGUGAAAGAAUUCUAUGACGCAAUGUUUAGCGGUAAAAUCGAUUGCACGAACGCAGCUAGGGCUCUGAAUAAGGCUUCCAAAGCCGUUGACAAGGAUAAGGUACCGAUGGACCAGAGAGUCGUAUUCAUUCACAUUGGAGCAUAGCCUUCAACCGUGCGGUAGCAUUAGCACUUCUGUAUCUUGUAUAUUUUUGUGGUUCUGGCACAUAUGGAUUUGUAGUGAUCGAGAGAACCGAUGAGUCCUUGACAUGGUGCCAU